AAUUGACGUAGAAACAGCAUAUUUUUAUAUGUAGAAAGAAGGAAACACCCGUCCUUCGCCGGGACUUGAGAAUUGGCUAUAAAAGGCAGAGCGAAAGCGCUUCCAGUUCCAAUAGUCACAGAUCAGAAAAGAAACUUCAACAUGGGGAGCUCAUCAUCCUUGUCCUUUCGCCUAUGUUACCUCGUAACACUGAUGUACUUUUACCUAAGCAGUAUCGGUAGCCUCGUAUUGUCUGGCUACGCCAUCGAAUCGCCACAGUUCACAGUGGUGCAUUCAGAAUCAGAUUUCGAGGUAAGACUCUACGUCGAAUCCUGGUGGAUAUCUGCCACCGUUCAAGGAACAACCUCAUUCGACAAGUCCACCAAAGAUGGCUUUCACAGGUUGUACCCGUACAUUCAUGGUGGUAACCUCGACCAUUCUCGGAUCAUGAUAACUGCUCCUGUAUUAACAAGCGUUAUCAACUCCUCAUCAUCAUCCCGCGGUACUGCUGACUAUUUUGUGAGGUUUUAUCUCCCUGCUAAAUAUGUGGGAAACCCUCCACAGCCCAAUCCUGACCUGAAUUUGCAGUUUGAUAAGUGGAGAAGCCAUUGCAUUGCGGUUAGAAAGUUUUCUGGGUUUGCAAAGGAUGAUAACAUUAAUAAAGAGAUUGAAGCUCUUGUAAGGAGCCUAGAUAAACACUCUACUGGAAAGGGAGCAAUACUGGGAGUUACAAGUUACUACUCCAUUGCCCAAUACAAUGCUUCUAAUCACCUUUCCGGACGCUUAAAUGAAGUGUGGAUCGAUGUCUCAGGUUUUACUGCAGAGGGAUGCCCACGGUAUGCAGGUAAACAUUGAUUUGCUUUUGAGUGAUGGUGGAAUGUGUAGAAUAAAACAGUGCUUUCUAAUGCACAUGGUGCUCCUUUUUAGUAACUUGAGUCGGGAGGACAAGGUGCUAGAUGGAGCAGUAUUUCGCACCUUGUCUGUGAAAGCCGAAUUAUUAUUUUGUCAA